CCUGUACUAUUCUAUCAUGGUAAGGAAGAACUCUCUUCCUACCUUAGUAAAGUUAAUCUGAGUAGAACUGUUUGUUUUGUAAACAAGUUGAACGUUGUCGAGUAAAAUCCGGCAAAGCAUUAUACAAACAUUAUAGAAAGAAUAAAAGAAUCAGUCAAAAACGGUUUUUUACCAUUUCUUUUUUUUGUUCAGUAUUCUCUACUAAGUUAUGGACAAUCAACAGCUUCAUAUAGAACUUGACAAUGCUGUACGCGAAUUUCGAGAUGGUCUGCAGGAGCUUUCCAAACAAGAAACCCAUUUAAAGGUGGUUACGCACGAACAGAUACAAGCAACUUUGGCAUGGGUGAAUGGAGAAUGGGAAUGGGAAUGGGAAGAAAAACAAGGAGAUGGAUGUACGAAAAAAAAAUUUCCUAGUUGCGAAUCAGCAUUGCUGACGAUCUCACCUUCAUUCCAGCGAUGGUUUCAUGGCCAACUUGAAAGUCGGCUUUCAAGCUUAUUCUAAAACGAGAAUUCUUUGCUCAAGCAAUAUUAUUUUCCACCUAAGAAAAACGUCGGUAAAUAGACAAGUGUUUUUUAAUCAUUAAGAGCGUCUCUCUCCUCCUUUCUUCUUUUUCAUUGUUGGGUAUGGUGUAAGAUUGUAGCCCUGGAUAUACCGAUUUCGUUGAUUCACAAUGUACUUUCGUGUACGCACAUCCAGUCCAUCUUCUUUCAUGUCUCUUGUGUUUUUGGUGAAUAGUUCUUCCCAGGUUGUUAUUUUUCCGUCAACCUUUUGCUCAGUGUUGCGUCCAAUUCUUUGAAAAAAUUUCUUAACAUCCGUUAUACCUUUAAAAUAUGUGUUAGUCAGAUCCACAGAAGUGUAAUGAAAGCUUUCUCAAUGGCAUACCAUCUCUUGUCGAAGGAAUGGAAGAUGCUUGUCUGGAAGCAACUCUUAACCAGUUAAAACUGUUUGAUAAUUUCAAAAAGGAACGUUCUACAUUCAUUGCUUUCUUUACGAUUAUGAGUUCAGACAACUAGGAAAAGAGCUAUAGCAAAGCAAAGCGAAUCUAUCAAAAGGACAGUUUUGACGAGCGGUUUCUUUCUUAAGUCCUUUAAGAUGAUUCCUAAAAAAACAAAACCUCUUUGUAAAUUUGUAUAGAAACUCUUGGCUAUCUUGUUGGUGCCAGAUGGAAUUUGGGAAGUAUGAUGGUUUUACUCAUGUUCACUCUACUAAUACAAAGCAAG